AUGACUCGGAGAUCCUGUGUAAUUUACGCUACUGGAAUUGUCUGCGCCCACCUACUGAUAGUGGGGAUCGCCUUGGUUGUGGCUCAAGUCUUCCAAACAAUGAUUCACAACCGGCUAAAAAAGGUGAGUUGCAACUUUUUCCCACUUCAAACAUGCAUUUUAUUGUCUGGUGGCUUUAACUUGUUAGUUGUGUUUGCACUGAACAGCAGACGGUGAGUCACAUUUUCUAUCCCUUGUCAUUAGGUGAUGUUCGAUAGAUAACGUUACAGCAUUUGAGUUCACUCAUUCUGCAUCUCCAGUCAUUCGCCCACCCAACAUGGGUCAGUGCAGCAUGCCAUCCAAUGUCGACAAUUUACAUGUGUGUGUGUUCUUUACCACCAACCAUUUAUGUUUUUUGUGGUAGGACCGCAACAAUGUAUCAUGAAUAAAUCCGCAACAUUGAUUCAACCAUCUUGAACAGUUCUGCAAGGCGUUCAGCAUGUAAACUCAAUGUAUAGCCUGAUUUGAAUUUCACUGGCUGAUUUACAAUGCCAGGUAUGUUCGUCACAGCGCGUGGAGGUAACAUAAUCAUCACCACGGAUUGGUGCACUCUAAGCAAGCAACCUGCUUUAUUCCAACAAUACAAUUUACCCCACUCACUUCAUUUGCUGAAUUGUACUCAAAGCCAAGCUUUAUUAUACAUAAUGGUUGACAGAUGAGUUGAAAUACUGUGGACUGCUGCAUCUUUAUCUGCGGUGUAUUAAUCUUAUUUACAUAUCUGUGUCACAAUAUCAUUUAUUGGGAAUGGGAUAAAAAAAUUAUUGGGUUUAUCAGUCAGGGGUUGUAGUAGGGGUGGAAUCUCGUCAGAGAAGGGUCUGGGGAGGUGCGUGCGCAUGGCAUGGAUGGGGGAAGGGAGAGAGACGGUGAAGGCUGAGUCCUGCUCCCUUUUGAAAUACUUGGCAUUUCACUCUUCUCCCUCUUUGCUUACCAGGUUGAAUACUACAAUAUUAAUAAUCCCCCCCAAAGAUGUCUCGCAUAUGAACAGGUUCACUUUCUCUUUCUUAAAGUGCCAUGCCCACCUCAGCAGAAAUGUCACACUGACAGUCAUAGGAUACAGACACACAAACAUUAUUUUUAUUAGUUAUCUGCCACAGUUUCGUUGCUGCUGUUAAAUUAAUUUGGGUCUGGGUUUAUUUGGGACAUGGUGUCAUCCUAGACCUAGAAAACAUAACACCGUGAGAAAAAAAUAAUAUAUACAGUGAGGGAAAAAAGUAUUUGACAAAGAAAUGAUCAGUCUAUAAUUAUAAUGGUAGGUUAAUUUGAACAGUGAGAGACAGAAUAACAACAAAAAAAUCCAGAAAAACGCAUGUCAAAAAUGUUAUAAAUUGAUUUGCAUUUUAAUGAGGGAAAUAAGUAUUUGACCCCCUCUCAAUCAGAAAGAUUUCUGGCUCCCAGGUGCCUUUUAUACAGGUAACGAGCUGAGAUUAGGAGCACACUCUUAAAGGGAGUGCUCCUAAAAUCAGUUUGUUACCUGUAUAAAAGACACCUGUCUACAGAAGCAAUCAAUCAAUCAGAUUCCAAACUCUCCACCAUGACCAAGACCAAAGAGCUCUCUAAGGAUGUCAGGGACAAGAUUGUAGACCUACACAAGGCUGGAAUGGGCUACAAGACCAUCGCCAAGCAGCUUGGUAAGAAGGUGACAACAGUUGGUGCGAUUAUUCGCAAAUGGAAGAAACACAAAAUACCUGUCAAUCUCCCUCUGCCUGGGGCUCCAUGCAAGAUCUCACCUUGUGGAGUUGCAAUGAUCAUGAGAACGGUGAGGAAUCACCCAGAACUACACGGGAGGAUCUUGUCAAUGAUCUCAAGGCAGCUGGGACCAUAGUCACGAAGAAAACAAUUGGUAACACACUACGCCGUGAAGGACUGAAAUCCUGCAGCGCCCGCAAGGUCCCCCUGCUCAAUAAAGCACAUAUACAGGGCCGUCUGAAGUUUGCCAAUGAACAUCUGAAUGAUUCAGAGGAGAACUGGGUGAAAGUGUUGUGGUCAGAUGAGACCAAAAUGGAGCUCUUUGGCAUCAACUCAACUCGCCGUGUUUGGAGGAGGAGGAAUGCUGCCUAUGACCCCAAGAACACCAUCCCCACCAUCAAACAUGGAGGUGGAAACAUUAUGCUUUGGGGGUGUUUUUCUGCUAAGGGGACAGGACAACUUCACCUCAUCAAAGGGACGAUGGACGGGGCCAUGUACUGUCAAAUAUUGGGUGAGAACCUCCUUCCCUCAGCCAGGGCAUUGAAAAUGGGUCGUGGAUGGGUAUUCCAGCAUGACAAUGACCCAAAACACACAGCCAAGGCAACAAAGGAGUGGCUCAAGAAGAAGCACAUUAAGGUCCUGGAGUGGCCUAGCCAGUCUCCAGACCUUAAUCCCAUAGAAAAUCUGUGGAGGGAGCUGAAGGUUCGAGUUGCCAAACGUCAGCCUCGAAACCUUAAUGACUUGGAGAAGAUCUGCAAAGAGGAGCGGAACAAAAUCCCUCCUGAGAUGUGUGCAAACCUGGUGGCCAACUACAAGAAACGUCUGACCUCUGUGAUUGCCAACAAGGGUUUUGCCACCAAGUACUAAGUCAUGUUUUGCAGAGAGGUCAAAUACUUAUUUCCCUCAUUAAAAUGCAAAUCAAUUUAUAACAUUUUAAAAUGCGUUUUUCUGGAUUUUUGUUGUUGUUAUUCUGUCUCUCACUGUUCAAAUAAACCUACCAUUAAAAUUAUAGACUGAUCAUGUCUUUGUCAGUGGGAAAACGUACAAAAUCAGCAGGGGAUCAAAUACUUUUUUCCCUCACUGUAUAUUGUUAAUGAUGUCAUUCAGCGUACCUAUACUUUAAGUUAAAUAUAGUGCAGGAGUCUUAUGUGGACAUAUUGCCGGUGGCUGAAAAGAUAAAAGAUAAAUUAAGAAUUCAUGUCCAUCCACAACUGUACCACUUCUAUAUCUAAAACGGAUCUUAGAACUACUUUCCAGUAGCAUACCUAGAAUCUGACGGACUCCUUGGCCUGGAGGCAGGAUUGUUUUUGCUCUGUGAGCAUUCAUCUGUUUCAUUGUGGUUUCAGCCCUGGCCUGAUCUAGGUCUAGAGGACUGCUCUGCCUGGAAAACACCACUCUUUAUUGUCAUCAUGUAGACUGGAAAACUGCUUAAAAACAUGGCUCUGAAUAACAUUUAUUAUGGUAUUGAGAGAGGUUAUCAAACCACAACACCCACAGAUGUUUCAGGUCAGGUUUUCAUUUAUUUUUGAGUGAACCUGAUCGUUAUGUUUUAAUGUCCUUACCACUCUUCAUGUGACCCACCCCCAACCACCAGCUACAAAAAUAGUGAGUUUGAUUUGAGAUAAGAUUGAUAAACCCUCAACCCUUUGUCCCUGCUUGCUUGUGAGAUCAAGGUUUGAAGCAUUUCUAAGAGAUAAAUGAUGUAGACAUGAUCUAUGGAAGCCUUUGAGACCUUUCUUUUUCAAGGGUGUUAAACACAGGAAUUCUUCUAAUCUAGGCCUUGACUUUACCAAAAAUUACAAUGUUGCACAGAAACUGUCACUCUUGGGAAUUGUAUCCGUUUGAAAGGGGCUCCAUUUGAUUUAGAAAAACAAAACAGACAUCACUGAUUGUGAAACUUGGUACCAUAAUGCUGAAGAUGAGUCUGAAUCACAUGUUGGUGGUGUUUUUCUCUCUCACAUUUCCUGUAUGUAGUCAGUGUUUGGCUUUAAAGCUAGAAUCCUUAGUUGGUACAUACAUUUGGAUUUAGAUUAUUAAUAUAUAACCUACCCAUUGAGUCUUAAAAAAUAUAGAGUGCAUUCAGAAAGUAUUCAGACUCCUUCACUUUUCCCACAUUUUGUUACGUCACAACCUUAUUCUGAAAUGGAUUAAAUACAACAAGUUUACUCUUCAAUCUACACACAAUACCUCAUAAUGACAAAGUGAAAACAGGUUUUUAGAAAUGUUUGCAAAUUUAUUAAAAAUAAAAAAAAGAAAUACCUUAUUAACAUAAGUAUUCAGACAGGGAGGUGACCAAGAACCCAAUGGUCACUCUGACGGAGCUCCAGAGUUCCUCUGUGGAGAUGGGAGAACCUUCCAGAAGGACAACCAUCUCUGCAGCACUCCACCAAUCAGGCCUUUAUGGUAGAGUGGCCAGACGGAAGCCGGCACUCAGUAAAAGGCACACGAAAGCCCGCUCUGGGUUUGCCAAAAGGCACCUAAAGGACUCUCAGACCAAGAUUCUCUGGUCUGAUGAAACCAAGAUUGAACUCUUUGGCCUGAGUGCCAAGUGUCACGUCUGGAGGAAACCUGGCACCAUCCCUACGGUGAAACAUGGUGGUGGUAGCAUCAUGCUGUGGGGAUGUUUUUCAGUGGCAGGGACUGGGAGACUAGUCAGGUUCGAGGGAAAGAUGAACGGCGCAAAGUGCAGAGAUCCUUGAUGAAAACCUGCUCCAGAGUGCUCAGCACCUCCGACUGGGGCGACGGUUCACCUUCCAACAGGACAACGAACCUAAGCACACAGCCAGGACAACACAGGAGUGGCUUCGGGACAAGUCUCUGAAUGUCCUUGAGUGGCCAAGCCAGAGCCCGGACUUGAACCCGAUCUAACAUCUCUGGAGAGACCCUUAAAUAGCUGUGCAGCGACGCUGCCCAUCCAACCUGACAGAGCUUGAGAGGAUCUACAGAGAAGAAUGGGAGAAACUCCCCAAAUAGAGGUGUGCCAAGCUUGUAGCGUCAUACCUGAGAAGACUCGAGGCUGUAAUCGCUGCCAAAGGUGCUUCAACAAAGUACUGAGUAAAGUGUCUGAAUACUUAUGUAAAUGUGAUAUUUCAGGGUUUUUUUUGUUUUAUAAAUUAGCAAAAAAAAAAGGUUUUUGCUUUGUCAUUAUGGGGUAUUGUGUGUAGAUUGAGGGGACUUUUUUAAAUACAUUUUAGAAUAAGGCUGUAACGUAAAAAGUCAAGGGGUCUGAAUACUUUCCGAAUGCACUGUAACUUAUAAAUGCCUCAUGAGUUUAGUUCAGCUGUCAUACCCCAUCAUAACCCAAAAGAUAAGUUUAUUUUACUCCGAUAUUCGUAAACAAACACGGUAUACCCUCAAAACAUGGGUAAAAGUAUAAUUUUAAUGUCAAGGAUGGUCAGUCCUUGCAUCCAUAGCUCUGUCUAUGAUUUUGAGAAUGGUUACAUUUCUCCAGGCCCAUCCCUCAGCUUUUUACUAAAACAGGCGGAGUGACUGCUUUAAUUGUUUCAACUGCGGAUUCUGACUUUAAACGCAGCCAAUACAACACACAUGAUUGGAAUAGCUGGCUUAGUUUGGCUUGACUUUUUUCACAACUUUCAGGUGACUCAAAUGAUCUAGUAAAAUAAAAGGGAAAUGGCUUCUCAGCGAUAUCUUUAUUCCAUGCGAAGUGAUAUUUGACUCCACAGCAUUCAUACUUUGCUGUACAGAAUGAAAUGGGCUAUUAAAUUAGUUGAUUCACAUGUCUUGUGCUGGAAACAGCCUAUUUCACUGCCUCAAUAUGACCACUCCAGUUAUGUUGUUUAAAACUGACUAGAGUCUAAGUGAAGCAACAGGCUUCUGUUUUGCCCCAGAGGAGCAUGCCCCCAGUUCAAUGCUCUAGCUAGUGAGUGGUGACCUUUGGCCAAGUUGUGUAGUGUGUUUGUCAGAAUGUGUGUAUGAGCCAAAAUUAUUGUCCGAUCAUUUAGGGCUUCGUAGGAAGUAUGUACCCAGUUUCCCCUAUAUUCAUUUAGUAGCGGUGGCUUAAUUCUUGCUACCAAAUAUGAUUUACUUUUUUUAUACAUAUUUCUUCAGAGACUCGCUUUUGAAAUGGGAUAGUCCUUUGGCUCAAUGACUGGAAAACACUGAAAAAUCAAGUCUGGACGUGAAACAAGAGUUUGUGCAUCCUUGUUGAGCCACACCUUAAAAGCAACAGCCUCUCUCAAUCACUGAGUUUUGCUGAGCUUCUCUGAGACCUCAAGAUGAGUGUGUGAGCUGUGUGAACGGUAAAGGCCUUUCUUUCAUGUACACCUCACUUUACUCGGGGGACAGAGAAAGCAAUCAGUAACCCCUUAUGUAAAGGAGGGGGGGGGGGGGGGGUGAGACAUUUCUCACUUGAAGUUAGAAAUACCCUCUUGAAUGGAUUUUUUUGUUGUUGUAGUUACCGAUUUCUCUAUACAGUAGGCGUACAUCACUUACCCGUAUCUUAUGGAUCAACCGACAUUCUCUUUUUAGAUUUGACAACCAUGUUCCAGCAUGCCAUGUUGAAUGUCACAUUACAGUUGAAUUACUCAGGUCUCAGAGCAUUUCGUGUUAUCUGAGACACUCAAUUUAGUAUGAGAUGUUACAUUUCAUAUGGUAUGUAUUAAUUUGUGGAUGUCCAUCAUCCAUUUCGUAUGAUAUGUUAGAAAUUACAAUUCGUAUGAUAUCUUCCAAAUUGCAAUUCUUACGUUACGAAUUUGCAAAACAUAUGAUAUACUACGAAUUCCAAUUUGUUGUGGCUAAUGUUAGCUAGCUGGCUAACGUUAGCUAGGCUAGGGCUUAGGGAGAAGGGUUAGCUAACAUGCUAAGUAGUUGCAAAGUAGAUAAAAAGUAGUAAGUCGUUGAAAAGUUGUUAAUUAGCUAAAAUGCUAAAGUUGUCCGUGAUGAGAUUCGAAAGCGCAACCUUUGGGUUGCUAGACAUUUGCGUUAUACGGCCACCCAUCCUCCUGUCUUAUGUAACCAUACCAAACGUAACAUAUACUAAUUUGAGUGUUUACUAUGUUACGUCUAGUCUGAGACCAGGCCGUGUUGAAGCUAUGGUCUUUCUAGUCAAGCAUUUGUAAUGUUGGCUAAUGUUACACAUGAUUGACACUGAUAGUGUUUAAAAUGCUGUGGAAUUGUGGUGGACUUUUUCUAUCUGAUCAUUGCCACGUUUAAAAAAACUGGACAAAUUUAGUCCCACAUGAAUUUCUGUGGUCUGAGAGACUUAUCUGAACAGAUUUAACCACUUUCCUGUAUUCAAAUGAUGACCAAUAGGACAGUGAUACUACUCCAUAUUGUUUAUUCAAACUGUCAUGCUCCCAUUUGGUGGGCAGUAAUUUAGGCUUUUUGAUGAUUGUCCUGAGAAAAAUGCAAACAUCCCUUGAGCAGCCUGCUGUGGUUCGACCGAGCCUCCUCCUUUGCUCUUUUCACUCAGGUUUUCUGCUUGUUCUGAUGGUUAUUCACCUGCGAAGGAGUUUUCCCCUUUACCCUGUGGUUUUGGUGUGCUGGCAUUGGGUCCUCGCUACAUUAAUUGCAGUUUGUGCUCUCUCCUGGUAUAACCUGAAAAGGAUUGUUGAUGGGUAAUGCUGCCGGAAUCAAAAAUGAAAUGGCUUUUGAAAGCCAAAAUAUCUUUAGUUUAGAGAUUAAUGAGAACUGUUUCAAAUAGCUUUUUAGGCCAGCGCUCCUUCUAUCCCUCAGAAAUAUACUACCCUAAACAGAUUACACUUGGAGAGAUCAUUGUUGUUUUGGACCGUCCUUAAUCAUUAACUGUAAUUCUCUAUUACAAUUUAUUUUAUUUUUAGGAAUUGACUUUGACAGAGGCAAGCCAAGUAUUUGAGUCGUGGAAGAACCCGCCUCCUCCAGUCUACAUGGAGUAUUACUUCUUCAAUGUGACCAACCCAGAAGUGUUCUUAGCAGGGGGCAAGGCGGUGGUCACCCAGAUUGGACCUUACACUUACAGGUAGGUUGACAACACACUCACUGCUCUCCUUUGAAAUUAGGAGGCAUCAGUUCACACAGGGCUGACUCUUAGCUUGAGAUCCACAAUCAUAACUUUGACUUAAGUGGAAAUCAUGUAUCGAUGCCAAUGGAAGGUUUUUGCAAAUGUUUGUGUUGCAUGUGCGCAUCUCAAGUUAAGAUUCGGCCAACAAUGUAUUUGUUUUAUGAUCUGUUCUUUUGAUCAUGGGAAGCUGGUGAUGCAGGUCUUGGGAAAGUAAUAUUGACUGAAAGCUGUUCCAUGCUGCUGAACCUGCUGAUGGACUUGUUUGAACUCGUUCACAUGGGGAUGAAAGACAUCUGUGUGGACCAACUUAAUCCUCCUACCCACAUCUUUCCAUAACAGGGAAUACAGACCCAGGGAAAAUGUGACUUUCCUUGAAAAUGGAACCAAGGUUUAUGCCCUGAAUCCCAAAAGCUUUGUCUUCGUCCCAGAGAAGUCCAGGGGUAAUCCAGAGGUUGACAUUCUGAGGACAGUCAACAUCCCAGCUGUGGUGAGUUAGUGUGUGUUUCUCUCAGCCUCUACUUGUUACAUCUACAUUUGGUAUACUUGUACAGGCUUCGUUUAUACACUGUAUCUUAGCUGCCAUGGACACGUUGUAUCUGCAAUAUAGUGUGUUAUAAACUGUGGUGCAACACAGUUCUUAGAGUACUUAGAAACAUGAGGAUGUGAAUUAUUCCACAAGUGUAUCCUCUUCUGUUUUGGUCAAGUUUAACCUUUUGAGAGUCGCCAUUUUGGUCAAAUGUAACCUUUCUUGAGUCACAGUAUAACCACUGUAACCCUGUAUUGGCAUUCCUUUACUGCAUCGUUCCAGUAGACUUUCCAAGCAUUAUGCUAAAUGCUGUAGUAUGACAUCUUGGUGACUUGUUCCUACCAACUUGUUACUUUAUAGCAGACACUUUCAUGGACGUAAUCCAAUUUCCAUUGAUGAGAACCAAACCAGAUUCUAGACAACAACAAAAGCUAUAGACUUAGAAACUUUGUUUAUAAUUGUGUUGCAUAGUGCCAUUUUGUUACUAGUAGAAUUUGUGUGGUAUGGUGCAAUGUGUGCUCUAACCCCUUCUCUCUCUGUUUCCUCUCCCUCUCCCUGGACAGGCGGUGAUGAGCGAGCUGAACUCCUACUCCUUCCUGCUGCGCACCUUUGUCUCCAUGUAUAUGAACUCCAUCGGCGUGGAAAUCUUCAUGACCCGCACCGUCCACGAGGUGCUGUGGGGCUUCAAGGACCCUCUGCUUACCAAAAUCCACAGCAUUAGGCCAGAGGUGGACGAGAUGUUUGGACUGAUGUGGAAGGUAGGCACUGUUUGUUUAGUGAAAACCUUGAAAUAUGCUUAAUCAGAUUACACUUCUGAACUGGUCCUUGCUAAUACACUCAUUCACAAAAGUUAUAACCUUAGCUAAUGGCCAUCUUGAAAUUUGUGAUUUAAUCUAAAGUUGUGAAAUUGCAAUAGAAAUCCUUUAGUCAUCGAACCAGUAGGUGGUUGGGAGAGACUGGGAGGAGGUCUCGUGGUGUCAUCACGUGAUGAGUGAAAAUGACAAUAUUCUGAUGAAGCUGCUUACUUUCCGUUUUUCUGGGAGACUCGUGUCUGCUUUGGAGACUCACGUCUGCUAUUCUGCCUCACGUAAUAACAAUGCGAACAGUUUGCUCAGGUUCAACAAACCAGUUAAUGGUGCAUUAUUUGGAACCCCCCCGAAAAAACUAGACGUUGGAUAGAAUUUUACCUAAAUUGUAAAAUCUCAACUGCCAAAGCAUUUAUGUGGAAGGGAGCAUUUGUGUCAGCCGUUUUGGUCAACUACAGCCUCUUACUGCUGUCUAUAAAACUGUGAUGUGAGAAGGAAAAACAGAACAGGAUAGGCAGGCUACAGUAAUGCCUUGACAUUUUUAUUUGAGCCUCUAUAGCACAAUAUCCCCCGUCAGUACAUUUCCAACAACAACAACCAGACACUUUAAACACUGAAAUGCCUUCCCAAAUGACUGUUUUUAACAGCAUCGGGGGAAGAUGUUCUAACUUUACCUCUGCUUAUCAAGAGCCCAUGUGGCUGUUUCUGAUUCUGUACCUGUUCACUGUUCCCCUGGUCGUUGGAUGUAUUCCUUUUGAUAUGACAGUCUAACUGAACUAUUGUCUCUCUCUCUUCUCCUAGAAAAAUGGAACUCACGAAGGAGAGUUUGUGUUCCUGACUGGUGAACGGGACUACAUGGAAUAUGGCAGAAUAGACACAUGGAAGGGGUUGACGUAAGGACCUUCUGUUUCCCACCUUCAUGUUGUUGUUGUUAAUGGCUCUCAAAAAACAUUUCUCAUGUCAGCAUUUUGCUUUUUGGUCCUUGCCCUUCGACAUUGGGUUUAGUCAUUGAACGUGAAUGAAUUGGGAUCUGUCCAAAUCAAGUAUUCAAAGUCCAAGGAUAAACACAUUUGAUCCCUGUCAUGACAGAGCAGAUUGCAAAAUCGUAUAUUUAAAUAUCAGAAAUAGAAAACCGCUUCCAGGCAUUUUAAAUGGAAUCAGUAUUUGGCCUGCCACGUUAUUUUGUAAUAACCUUGUGUAAACGAAAGCUUCCUCUUGAUGUGUAACAUAUCCUGUGCCUUUCAGUGAAAUGUCAUGGUGGUCCUCUAACCAGAGCAACAUGAUCAAUGGGACGGACGGCAGUGUGUUCCACCCUCUGUUGUCCAGGAAGGAGCUGCUGUACAUCUUUGCUGCUGACCUCUGCAGGUACGUCAGUCAUAUCUCCAAAUCUGUAUUGUCUGUAGUUUAUUAUUUGUUUACAGUCAAAGCAGCCAGUACAGAGUAGGGCGGCGGAUUAGGUGACAGCCAAGAAUUCUCGAAACAACUGACUCAUAUCCGUAUCGGACUGAUAAACCACUGUAGAAGACGCCACACCCUGGUCAUGGUAAACAGGUGUGAGCUGAGCAUGUUCCAACCAACACCAUGAUGCGUGAGGAGAAACUGGAGAAGAGGCACAUAAUAUAAAAAGGAAGCUUUGACUCAAUCAAGACCGUUGUACUUUGUCUUCUCAUAUUUACCCAAUGUUCCACACAGUAGGUGACACAUUUGUGACCACAUACCUCACAAUCUCCUCAGCAAAAUUACAUGUGUAGAACUGAAUUAAGAAUUCCAAAAUCCUGCCGUAAGUUUUGUGAACUAAUGAGAAACUCUUACUAUACAUCUUGUCUGUCCUUCUCCUUAUUCCUACCUGCCUCUGUGGUUUAGGUCGAUCCAUCUGGGUUAUGUUGAGGAUGUGGAAGUGAAGGGCAUCCCAGCCUACCGUUUCGCCCCGCCACACGACGUCCUGCAGAGUCCUGAGGAGAACCCCACUAACGCCGGCUUCUGUGUGCCAGCUGGGGACUGCCUUGGCACCGGGGUGCUAAAAGUCAGUGUUUGCCGAGAAGGUAAGAGAUGGUUCAUCACACUGUCGCAACCCUGGUUGGCAUAACAUUGCAUGUGCCCCACAUACCCAAUGUUUGUUUUGACUAACCCCAUAACCUAUUUUUUUGAUUGAUUUAAAAAUAAUAACCCAAUCAAUCUAGUUCUAGCUGCAAUCCAAGGUCCAAUAGAUAUCAGAAAUUCCCAUGUUUGAGUGUCCAGAUUUCACAGUAGUGUAGAUGGUAAAUGAUUAACUCUGGAUGAGGGCUAUAAAACACUUGAAUUCCCUGCAGUGCUGUGAACCUGAGGAUAAGGCAUAUCUCUAAACGGUUUCCCCUCAUAAAACAAUCCAUGUACAAACACAUGGCAUAUAAAUGCACUACUGUAACCCUUAAGUCUCGUGAGUGAAGUAGAUGUAUUUUUAAGUCCUAUGUGUGUUAAGAAACAUCCACUUUCGCAGUGGUGCAGAGAAAGUUCAACGAUCUGGGCAAAGUUAUUCCUCCAGUUAUUAACUCACUCACUGGAACACAUUACAUUGUGUCUCUAUGAGUAGUACCGUGUGGAACUUCAUAAUGGUCAUUCUGACUUCAAAGGAAUCGUUUUUGUCCUGGGUUGUAAAAACCGUCCAUAAUGUCACUGUCUGUUUAUCAGAACAUAUCUGGUACAGGCAGCCUUUCCAAUGGCAAGGAAGGAACUCGACACAAUUUUUGCUAUCUGUUCCGCUAUCUCCAUGCCUGGGUUAUAAUACCAGAUAGCAAACGUUAUCAAUCUCUCGCUUUUGUCUUUGAUGUUUCCUUUUUAGAGCCCCAAUAUCCAAACAUUUACUUUGUUUUGCCUAAUCCUCUCUGAUAGUAGUCCAGGAUAAGAACAUAGGUUACUUGUGGUGUUUUAUCUCUUAAAUCAUUUUUCUUUCCCAUCUCCUUCCUCUUGUCCAUAGGUGCACCUAUCGUGGUGUCGUUCCCCCACUUUUAUCAGGCAGAUGACAAGUACAUUAAUGCUGUUGAAGGACUGCACCCCAACAAGGAGGAGCAUGAGACUUACCUUGACCUUAACCCGGUAUGAACAAACAUUUAACUACAUUUAUAUAGUGAUAAUUCCAAUAUGCGGGAUCAGUUAUGGGCCCUAUACUCUUACAUAGUGUCAUUCUGAGUAUAAGUAUACUGUAUUUAAUAGCUAUAUUACAUUUUGUAUGUGUUUAUGCAGUACCAGUGGAAUAUAAACAUUUGCUGCCUCCAUAUUAUAAAGGGCAAGUUUUAACUGAAUUAGUUUCUAUUCCUUCAUUUUAAAGCGUUUGAUUUUUUUCGUUAUUUUUUAGACCACUGGGGUUCCCAUCCGUGCCUGCAAGAGAGCCCAGCUCAAUAUAAUUUUGAACAGAAUUCCAGGCUUCCCGUAAGUAUAACAAUCUGAACAGUUAGCCAAACUGACCUUUUUCACUCAAUUGGUAUUAGGGAUGAGAAGGCCUAUUGUUGAACCUCAAGUACGCACUUCAUUUUCUAUUCCGCAGCAAAACCAAACAUCUAAACGAGACCAUUUUCCCCAUCAUGUUUGUCAAUGAGGUAAGACUCAUCUCCUCCCUUUCUCACUCUCAAAUGUAUUUUGUGAAAUUCAAUCAGCCUCACGUGCAGCCUAGAAAUGUCAAAUGAAGUUGUAUUAGACAAAAAUCUAGAUAUUUAGCUAGAGAGAACCCUUUAGUCUAUUAUUAAGAAAUGGUAAUAACAACAGUUAAUAACAUAGUAAAGACAGGUUAAUAACCUUAGUGACCCACCCAAUUCCCCCAGACGGCCACUAUCGACGAUGACUCUGCUGCCCAGAUGAGGACCCUGCUACUCAUCGUGACUCUGGUGUCCAACUUCCCUCUGCUCAUCGUGGGCAUGGGCGCCAUCCUGCUCAUUGUCCUAGUCAUCUUGGUCUGCAGGUCUCGCCAGAAGAAGGUAAGACCUGUACUCUACCCCUGCACUUACUCCCAGGAGACGCAAACAAUUUUUAUUUGUUGCAAAAAAUCAAUAAUAUUCAUAAGCUUCUCUAAAAUAGUGUAAAUUCUGCACUUCACUCACAAUAUGUCAGUUGUUGUCAAGGAGGUUAUAAGUGAUUAGUCUUUAAUGGUGUAAUGACACAACAAAGGUUUUAUGUUAGCUUUGACAGUGUUCUUCGAUGUUAGAUCUGUUUAUAUACCAUUUAUUCUUCUGUAUUAACAUCACUGGUCUGGUGUCUUGAGUUAUCCUCCAACUCCUUGCAUGUUAAGUUAACACAGUGCAUGAUGAACCUCACAUAGUCAACAUGUGCUGCCUUCUGUAAUCUCUGUAUGAAAUUAUAUUGCUUCUGGCCUUUCUAACAAUUUGAAAUCACUGAGGUCAAAACAGGAAAUAUAUAUCUUAAUUUAGCAGUCCCCGUUGGCAGACAGACCGUCACAAUGAUGACAGUGUAUAGUCUACAGUACCGUACAGGCCAGAGUCCUGUAGGAUAGCCAGGGGACUUUCAACACUUAUCUGUGUUUGUCUAGGUUAGUCCCUCUGACCCCGUGUGCAUGACCCCAUUCCCCACCCAUCAGUUGUGACUCAGAUAUGGGUUAUCAGAACUUUACAUGUUACAGCUUGAAAUAUCAAAUAAAGCUAGAAUCCUUAAUUCAAACAAUAACAGCUGUCACCCCAAGCUGAGGGAUUGGAAAAAUGUAACCACUGACAGAACCACCAGACAUGGAUGCAAGGACUGACCAUCCAUGAUAUAAAAAUAGUUUUAACCAUGUUUUUAGGCUUUAGUGUUUGUUUACAUUAACAUUGUUUACAAACAUUGGAGUAAAACAAGCUUGUAUUUUGGGUUCUGAUGGGGUAAGACUGUUGAAAUAAGCUCAUGAGUCAUAAGUUACAUUUUCUAAAAUCAAUGAGUUUAUAUCAUUCAUUUAUAAGACCAGAAUUCCAGCUUUGAAGAACUGUAUAGUUACCGUGUUAUGAUUAAAGUGUUCUGUAACCCCCCUUUUUCCUUUCUGUUUUAGAAUGAAGUAAAACGUAUUGAUUUUACUGAAGCUUUUCAUUCUUUUACUGUAAGUCUUCAUUUGCCUCGUUUGCUAUUUUCGUUCAGUUAUUUGCAAUUCUUGCUUAUUGCUUAUCAUUUUCAAAUGUAAUAUCUUUAGGUAUAAUAUAUACAUAUUUAUUUUAAAUUCCUGCUUCAUAGUGGUAUUUCUUCAUUAAGUUAAAGAAUUUUGAGUCAGGUGGUUUUGUGCACUGACAUUAAUGAAUGAUUUAUCCACAAUUAGUUUAUUAUAUACCGUUGCAUUUCCAAUUUAGUUGUAAAUAUAUAGAAAUGUUGUUUUCAUGGUAGAAUUCUGCUUUGUCAUUUACAAAAUGUCCUCCCCUUUCCCUCUUCAGACUGCAAAAGAUGAAACGGCCUACACUCAAGUCAGCGACAAACCAGAGGUUGAACCAUCAGAAAACAACUAUACCAGCCAGCCAAUGAGGAACGGCUCCUACAUUGCCAUGUCUCCCGUGGAGGCUCAGAAGUGUUGAUGCAGGCUGCAUUGUGUGGAGAGGGUCAGGCGGAGCAGCUUGGGCGUGGUAUUAUAACCAAGGCGGGGUUUCGCAGUGCGGCCAGGGUCUUUCACUUUUGGGGAACAACCCCAAUAAAUGUCCAUGUCUAUCAAGAUGUUGCUCCUCUUCUCAAUGACGCUCUUGACUAUCCUACUAUCCUGCUGAGCAUGGCCUUUCUGCCUGCCAUAGUGCAAAACAACAACUCCUGUCUACUAUUACUACUACUGUCACUUCUGUCUGUUCUGUUGGGCUCAGUGCUGGGUUCAUGAAGGAACACCUGGACAACCAGGACAUAAGCUGUUUUGAGUAUUUUCUGCUCUUUGAGGGAAUAAGUAUCAAAUUAGGCAGUAUUUUCACUGAUCAAUAACAACCACUGAGCAGCCUCUAUCAGCCUUACACUGACGGAUGGGUAGUAUUCACCUGAUUAAUGAAGACUAGAGGGUCCUGAAACAUUUCUUUGUAUCAGUGUUUGUGAGGUCACCUCCAAAACAAGCCAACAGAUUAAAACAUUUGGUCGUUUUCCCUCCCUCCCUGUGAAUUUUCACUGACUCAGACUAUAAGUGGUUUUGCUAAUAAAACUGUACUUAUUUAGCAUAUCCUUUUUGUAGAAAAAAGAAAUGGACUAUUUAUAGCAUAUUUUGUCUUUUCCUGGGAUGAAUCCGUCAGUGCACACACCCAAGUUAUCAAAUAGAAUGUGUGACAGUUUGUGUGUGCAUGUCUUACCAUGCAGUAUCCUGUUUUCAUUGGGCUAUGGGUGACUCUUUUUCUUGAUGCAUGCUCAGUGUAGUAUGACAACUGAGAUACUAGACAUUUAGAAAAAAAAAUCCUUUCCCUUCACCUUUUUCUCCAACACUAGUUUAAGACAGAAUCUUUUGAAACCUUGACAUUUCCUCAGAUAAGGCAUUAGUAAAUAGCUGCUUUCCCAUUAAGGAUUGUUUGGGGAUGUUACCUAUAGCCAAAUUAGAUAUGCCCUAAGCUUUCAUCUCAUAUUCAAAUUGUAAGAGAAAAAAAACAUACCCACAAAACUUACAAAGGAGACCUUAACCUACUUUCUGUCUUACAAUUUUCAGUGUGUUUCUUUGUUGAUAUGGUAAAAAGCUGCAUAUCUUAGUAGUUGUACAUAUGUAAUGGGGAAAUGUCUGGCUACCGCUGACCUAAUCCAGCAAGUAGUCACAAUUUUUUAACAUCAGUGUCGACCCACUUUGUGUGUCUGCAUCGAUACUUAGAAAGCACAAUUUGGAUUGCUAGUACAGUCCUUAUAACAAGGUGACCAGGUUUUCACAUAAAGACGAAACCCUGUUAGAAACACAGACGGGUGUGCUGUAAAGAAACCACAGGUGAAUUGUAGAAUAAACAGUUGUGCCCUGCGCACCGCUUCUGUUGUGCAUGUUAUGUCGAACAGAGUCAACUGGCUUGCCAAGGAGCUGUAGGUAUUCAGACAAAUGUGGCACUUCAAUCACUCUCUGUCUGAUAUUUUGAUAUGUUUUUGGGCUGUCAUUGGUCACUAGUCUCUGUGUUGUGUCAAGCCUUUUGGCAGUUGCUUCUGGAAAAAAUGAACUAAGGCCAUAAUACUGUCAACUUGAAAAUUCCUGCACUUUCCCCAAAAAAAGAAAACGUGCCCUGUAUUUUGGGGUUGUGUUAUGUAAAAUGCAAGGGUCCUUCUGUGCAUUUCAGUAGUUUGCCCCAGGGGUGUUUUUCAAUGUGGCUCCUGAGGUGUUAUUCUAGUUGGACACUUUGCCUUUGUUACUUGCUUUUCAGUACAUUGAUAUUAUUAUUUUUUUGUAUCUAUUAUUGCUGCUAAUAAUUGCAUUAACCUAUGGACUUGUAUUUUUCUAUGGAUGAGCCAUCCAUGCUCAUAUAUUCUGUUUAAGGUUGUUCCAACAGAAACCAGUAUCAUCUCUUUUGAAUUGCUAUGUCUGGUCUCUGAAGCAAGUCUUUAAAUGUUGAAGAAUAUUUGAGCAGGAUUCAAUGCCCAAAGCUUGCUGUCAUUUACUGGAAUUAACAGAUAACUAAAGAUCGCAACAUUGUAACAUCAUAUAUCAUGUUUUUUUAACCACUUCUGUUAACUGAUGAUGAUUCGAUCUGUUGUCAUUGUGGCUGAGGAAUUGUCCAUAUUAGGAUGAUUUAGAUAUUUGUAAUACUUGUUUCUGUGGGUGAUUUAUAGAUAGGGUUUGUAAAACUGGAAACUAUGUCUGUGGAGUUCUAGAUGGAUGCCCUAGUAAACAACGUUUUUUUUUUUUUUUUUUUCAAGCAUGAUUUUGGUUGUGCAAUUAAGGACGUCUGUCAGACAUGGCUUUGGGGAUAUACUCUGAAACGUUGGUCCUGGUUAUAUUAUAUAUCAAGGACCUAUAAACAGUAGGCCUUUUCGGCUCCAUCUAUAUACAAGCAAUCAUGGCCGUGUGCAAUUAUUGCUGU